AUGGUCCUAUAUAGACGCAGUUGCUCUCAUAUAACUGAACGACGAAGACGCAACGCACGCACUCUAUCGCUGCCGCUAUACGAGAACUCUGUUACUCUCACCAGCUCUCAGCUUCCGACAGAAAUCUUGGACGAAAUCGUUCAAUUUGCUCUUGUGAUAGCCUCGACUGACUUGGACUAUCCUGGAUUUGCCUUUAUCCGAUCUCUCACCCUCGCUUCGUCUUGUUUCCGGAAGAUAGUCUUUCGUCGCUACCUUAGCAGCUUGACUCUCAAUACUCUGUCACAGCUCGAUAACACCUUCAAGCUGCUUCUAUCACUCGGGGAUGAACCUUUCGCAGGUGCUUUCUCGUGGGUCCGGACCGUGCAUGCACCUUCAGGAAUCUUAUCAGCCCAACCACACGCUUCACAACUGUGCUACCUCACCAACCUAAACGAACUUUCCAUCAAUUGUAAUCACGAAGGCUUUAGUACCUAUCAACAGCGCUUCAAGCUUAUCUGCGUCAAUCUGACAUCCUGCUCCCCCAUCAUGACUCUGACUACACUGACUCUGACCGCUCUACCUCGUAUCGAAACCCGCAUGCUUCAGCGAAUCGCUCUAUCCUUUCCUUCUAUCGUCAACCUCUAUCUCAGCUGUACCGAAAGACUCAAUUUUUCUCACUGCUGGUGUUGCUUAGAGGACAGUCUCACGUGUACCAUGCAUUCACCUGUUCCUGAGCGAUAUCUGGAGGUUCAUGAUUUAGCAACAGCCUUUGCCGACGCACUGAAACCGUUGAAGAAUCUCACGGAUCUACACCUAGGAGUGUUUCUCUCUCACGAGGAUCUCGUCUACUCUCACAUGCGGCAUGCUCCCCAUUACCUUGGACACCCCGACAUCAUCUCUGCACCUAGCGAAUGCGAUAUCUGUGCUGACCACGCAAAAGACGUUCGCAUGGACGAGUUGGCAGCCAGUCUAAUCGUAGCACGAAAAAUUCGAGGCCUUCAGACUAUAGGUUGGAGCUCAUUCUUCGGAUACGGUGGUGGCGAUUGGGCUAGCAAUGGUGAGAAGGCUGAUGACGAUGUCAAUGAUGGAGGAGGAGGGGACCAAGUCGAGGACACCAAUUCAGAUAUUAUCGUUGGAAACGACUGCAAGACAAAGGUCUGGAUCCUGAGAAUGAAUGGCCGUGUACGGGUACGACGAGUCCCGUGGUGAGUGCUGAGCGC